AUGGACACUGACCAGCAGGGAAAUGCAGAGGCAGCAUUUAGUCUCCCGAACGAGUUGAUCGCUAUAGUUUUCGAUGAACUCGAUAUAGUAUCUCUCCUAAGAUGCAAGCAAGUAUGCCAAUUAUUUCGUUCAGUUAUCACCACCAAUGCGCAACUUCUCUACAAAGUCGAGUUGUUUUUCGGACGGUUCGAGAAUGGACGCCACUGUAAUCUUGAUACUGCUGGCCGCCUUCGUGCCUGUCGACAAUACCAGCAGGCUUGGAACAACUUAGCUUUUCCAGACUCCCAAAUCAUAAAUAUGCAGGGUGGUCUUUCUUGGGAACUGUCCGGGGGAGUAUUGUGCCAGGCCAUGCGGUCACGGUCAGGGCUUGUUUGCGUGCAACUUCCCUGCAAAAUUAAAGACAUUCCCGAGCGGGAAUGGACUAUCAAUGAUUUUGGAUUUGAGAUCCGAGAUUUUACCAUCGAUACAUCUCAGGACUUGGUUGUCGCUUUGGAAAUUGUAGGUGCCGUCCCGAACCGGACAUGCAACGUACACCUAAGAACCUUAAUGACCGGCGAGCAUCAUCCAAUGGCUACCAUGUCCUUCGUGACGCACCUGCUAUCAGACAUGCAUGAGGAGCUCACCUUCCUUAUCCAAGUUUGCGGUUCCCGGAUUGCAAUACUGUGUCAAGAACAUGGAGAUGAUUCCAACUCUCAGCUAGUUGUCUGGGACUGGAAAUCGGGUCAGCAGAAGCUCUUCAUUCGAGACACAGACCUUCAAUCUUUUUCUUUUGUCACAGAAGACUUACUUUUGGUUGGUGUCGUUGCCGCGGAAAGUGACGAAAUGCCUCGUUUGGACAUCCUCAGUAUCGACAGUUUCAGGGAAGAGAUGGAGGAAUAUAAGGAUGUCAGCUACAUUUGCGGCCUGGAGUAUCCAAAGAUGAAGGCCGACGUUCUAGAUAUGUUAAUUCGAUCUGAUCCGACUCCAGGAUGGUCCCCGCCUCAAACUGUCCAAACUCCCUUUUUUUUCGCUCGCAGUGACCGCAUCUUCACCAUCACUAUGCGGGUCUCCCCCGCAGGCAAUUCCAACGAAGAGUGUACUGUACUAAUCGUCGCCUUGUCCACCAUCAUGGCUCAGGUUGAAUUGUCUCGCAAUACACAAAAACGCAUUGUCCCAUGGACGCAGUGGGGCCCAAAUGGCUCUUAUAUGCUCCUUCGCAGCCCGUCCGAUAGCUGGGUUUGCUACGUCUACGGAAUGAAGUUUAUUCAACUUCUGCCAUGGAAAAAAGGAAAUACCGCAAGAGUGUAUGAUUUCAACAAGUAUGCAGCGAGGAGGGAUGUUCGGAAUGAACAAACAACGGAACCGAAACUUCCGUGGACGCGCUUAGGAAUGCCCCAGCCACUGAAUUCGCGGUGUUCUGCAUUUGUUGAAGAAGUCGUCACGUAUCUUCCUGGCCGUGUUGCGACUGUUGAAGUGAUGCCGAGUGAUUCACUUUACGAUUGGGAGGCGGCUAUGAUCGGUGAAGAUAACAUCGUUCUGGUUUCUUCUGGUGCGAGGAAAUAUGGCUAUAUCGCCAUGUAA